CCCAGCUCCCCUUUCGACGUUGAUGAGAAUAAUUGUUCUCCGCUAUUUCUCUUUCAUGAUCCCGUUGCUAUAAGACAGGACCUAGCAGCACUUUUUGUAAUCCAAUUAUCUGCUCCGGAGAUCUGCAGAUACGAAGGAGAAAGGUGUAUCUAUCCAUCCAUCUGUCCGUCUGCUCACUCAGCUUUCUCUCACUAGCUUCGCGCCGAAACCACCUAAAAUCUUCAAACCCACCUCACCAACGGACUUGUGGUUGUCCGAUCUCCAGUUGAAGCCCAAGAGCCGCAAGAAUCUCAAUUCUUGCUCUUCAUCCUGAAUUGACAUAGCCAUGGCAACACCUGUCCGGGCCAAUGAGAGGCUCUCUAUUGCAAUGGAGAGAACCGGCCAGUGGGUCUUCUCUCAGGAGAUUCCAACCGAUGUGGUCGUUCGAGUAGGAGAAGCAAAUUUCUCCCUUCACAAGUUCAUGCUAUUGGCAAAGAGCAACUACAUAAGGAAACUGAUAAUAGAAACUAAAGAAGCAGACCUCGCGAGGAUAGAUUUGUCCAACAUCCCCGGAGGCCCUGAGAUCUUUGAGAAAGCAGCAAAGUUUUGCUAUGGCGUCAACUUCGAGAUCACUGUCCACAACGUGGCGGCUCUACGCUGUGCGGCGGAGUACCUCCAGAUGACGGAUCAAUACUGCGACAACAACCUCGCUGGGCGCACCGAUGAUUUCCUCACGCAAGUGGCCUUGUCGAGCCUGUCUGGUGCCAUCGUGGUGCUCAAGUCAUGUGAAGAUCUUCUUCCAAUGGCCGAAGACCUUAAAAUUGUCCAGAGAUGCGUCGAUUUAGUCAGUUUUAAUGCAUGUAAUGAGGCCAAUUUCCCAAGCCGCUCCCCGACCAACUGGUGGACCGAGGAGUUAUCAAUACUAAGCGUUACUUUCUUUGGAAAGAUCAUCAUGGCGAUGAAGCAACGAGGCGCAAAAUCUCUGACUUUAGCUAGUGCUAUCAUAACAUACACAGAAAGAGCACUGCGGGAUCUUGUACGAGACCACACAGGCAAUGGAACUAAGUCGACGGAUUUUGAUGACCCUGAUGUUAGGACCCAACAGAGAGAAAUUCUUGAAUCAAUAGUUUCCCUCUUGCCCUCAGAGAAAGCUGCUUUUCCGAUCAACUUCCUGUGUUGCCUCCUCCGUUCGGCCAUUUAUCUCAAAGCCUCCACCAGCUGCAAGAACGAGCUUGAAAAGCGAAUAUCGGUCAUCCUUGAGCACGUGACGGUCGAUGACCUUCUAGUGCUUUCAUUCACCUAUGAUGGCGAGAGGCUCUUCGAUCUGGACAGCGUGAGGAGGAUCAUGUCGGGGUUUGUGGAGAAGGAGAAGAGCACGGCGAUCUUCAAUGGUGGGGACUUCAGGGAGACCUGUUCCACUGCUAUGCUGAGGGUCGCUAAGACAGUGGAUGCUUAUCUCGGCGAGAUCGCCACCUACAGUGAGGUCAGCAUUGCAAAGUUCAAUGGGAUUGCUACUAUCGUGCCUAAAGGAGCCCGAAAGGUUGACGAUGAUCUUUAUCGUGCGAUUGAUAUCUACUUGAAGUCUCACCCGAACCUCGAUGAGAUUGAGCGAGAGAAGGCAUGCAGCGCGUUGGACCCGCUGAAGCUAUCUCCCGAAGCCCGGCUCCAUGCUUCGCAGAACAAGCGGCUGCCUGUGCAGAUCGUCCUGCACGCACUCUACUACGAUCAGCUGAAGUUGAGGAGUGGCACGGAGGACCAUAAAGGGCCGGAUGCCGUAACAACAAGGCAUCAGCUGCAAGCCGAUUCAUCCCUGAUAAAGGAGAAUGAGGAUCUGCGGUCCGAGCUGAUGAAGAUGAAGAUGUACAUUUCGGACUUGCAGAAGACCAAUCAUGGAACAACGUCAGCAAAAGGUGGCCCAAAGCGCCACACCUUCUUCUCUUCGAUGUCGAAGACUCUGGGGAAGUUGAACCCCUUCAGGCACGGGUCCAAGGACACGUCCAACAUAGAGGAUGCUGUUGAUAUCACCAAGCCUAGGAAGAGGAGGUUCUCUAUCUCUUGAAACUCUCGAUUAAAUGCUGAGUCUGUUUGAAGCCAAAACUCAUCUGUUUAGGUUGUGUUCAGUCUUUUGUUUUGCGGGUUGCGACGGCAUUGUUUAUUUGUGUCGAACAAUGUUGAUUUGUUAAUAUGUUGGAACCAUUUGAUCAGAUCUACUAAGUCGUCGAAGAACUACGUUCGAGAGAAGUUCGCA